AUGUUCACUACAGCAGUUUAUGCCGUCGAUCCCUCACACUUUGUGCCAAGUUUUUCACUUGAAGAAACUAACGGCACACUCAUCACUCACCCGACUGACAAAGCCGCUAUUGACGAAGCCGUUCAGUGGCUGAAACGUGGCGAAGCUAUUGGAAUUCCCACCGAAACUGUGUAUGGGCUUGCCGCAAAUGCCCUCUCAGCCGAUGCAGUCUCGAAGAUCUAUUCAGCCAAGAAUCGCCCCCAAGACAACCCCCUGAUUGUACAUGUGUCAUCCCUUUCGAUGCUCAGGGACCUGUUGCCUAACCGCAUUGUUCCUGAGAUCUACUUGCUAGUGAUCAAAAAAUGCUGGCCCGGACCACUGACGAUCAUCCUGCCGACUUCUGAUCUCAUCCCGUCCAGCGUGACAUGCAACCAGCCCACCGUCGCAAUCCGUUUUCCUUCUCACCCUGUCGCACGUGCCUUGAUCGAAGGCUGCGGAUUUCCUUUGGCCGCACCAUCCGCAAACUCAUCCGGAAAGCCGUCUCCAACUCUGGCCAGCCAUGUGUUUGAUGAUCUGCAGGGAAGAAUCCCAAUGAUUCUCGAUGGUGGAUCGUGCAACGUAGGUGUCGAGAGCACUGUACUGGACGGACUGCGCAACCCGCCUGCGAUCUUGCGGCCGGGUGGAGUGACAUACGAAACCCUGCGGUCAAUCCCAGGUAUGGAAAAGCUCCAGGUCUAUCGCAAGGAUUUUGUGGAUAGUGCACUUGAGCAGGCACCCACGACACCGGGAAUGAAGUAUCGUCAUUAUUCACCCGAGGCAAAGGUCAUCUUGAUGGAGCGAGACUCGGAGACAAAAGAAUCCGAGCCAGAGUUCAGAAGAAACUUUGAACAGAUGUGGAAGGAUGAGCAAUGGGAGGAGGUCAAGAUGACGACAGACGGUGUCGAGUGUGUGAUUCUUCAGAUGGGUCGUCUUGGGCAUCCUGAUCAAGUGGCCAGAGGCAUGUUCAAGGCAUUGCGUGAAUUGGAUAGCCGUUCGGUUGAUCUGAUCUUUGUCGAAGGUGUUUCUGAAUCCCAAGAAGGCAUGGCUGUGAUGAAUAGACUUCGAAAGGCAGCCUCUAAAGUCAUCGAGACCACAACACCAAACCGUGCUUAG